AUGUCGACAGCACCCACUCUCUCCCUUCAGAAGACCUCGGUCGCACUGAUCCAGCUGGGCUCCACCUCGUUCGACAAAGCCUUCAACCUCAAGCGCGCUCGCGAUGCGGUCCUUCGUGCCGCUGCUGUCCGACCCUCGGCUUCCUCCUCCUCGUCCCCGUCCCUGACGGCGCCCGUUGGCAUGGUCGUGCUUCCUGAAUGCUUCAACUCGCCUUAUGGCGUCAAGUACUUUGCCGAGUAUGCCGAGUCGUUCGGCGGUGCUUACCAGAAGAUCAAGAAGCCGCUUCCCUCCGCGCUCCCCCGCAUGGGUAAGGGCAAAGAGGAGAUUCGAUGGACAAUCGAUUCGUCCACUGACCCAAGCGCCACCUCCAAUCUCGCUCGCGAAAAAGGUAUCGGAAAGCCCGUUGAUAUCGACGAGCGUCUGCAAAAGCUCUCGCCCAGUCUCAAAAUGCUUUCCGAGACGGCGCGCGAGGCGAAGAUCGUGCUGGUUGGCGGCAGCGUCCCCGAACGCGACGAUCUGACCGGCAACAUCUACAACUCAUCCUGCGUAUUCAACGAGCAAGGUCAACUCAUCAGCAUUCAUCGCAAAUUGCAUCUUUUCGACAUUGAUAUUCCGGGCAAGAUGACGUUCCAGGAGAGCGAGACGCUGUCGGGAGGCGACAGGGUGACGGUCUUCGACUGCAGCUUGGGUCGAUUUGGGCUGGGUAUUUGUUACGAUCUGCGCUUCCCAGAGCCGGCCAUGAUCGCAGGCAGGUUGGGCGCAGGAUGCAUCAUCUACCCUGGCGCAUUCAACACCACUACGGGCCCGGUGAGCUGGGAGUUGCUGCUGAGGGGGAGGGCGACGGACAACCAGGUGUAUACGCUCGGAUGCAGCCCCGCUCGCCCAAGCCAGGCGGCACAGGACGGUACGCUCGGCGAGAAGGACGGCUGGAGGGAGGGCGAGAAAGCCUAUCCCGCAUGGGGGCAUUCGACCGUCGUCGGCCCGCUCGGCGAUGUCAAGGCCAAACUCGCAGAGGCGGAGGACACGCUCUUCUUCACAUUGGAUCCACAGGAGGUGAGCGAGACAAGGAAGAACAUCCCCAUCAGCACGCAGAGGAAGUUCGACGUCUACCCCGAUAUCACUUGUGGCUAG